CUUUAUAUUCUCACUUCCACACACUUCUGGUUUUUCCACCACCGUAGGUUAACCAAACUCACAUCUGCGACCGACGGGAGAUGAAGUUCAGCCAUGGCUGUUGGUCGACAGUACUGGAGAUGCACAUGUGUUUAAGGCCGGAGCGCUUGACAUCAUGAGGCGUACUGGCCUCACCUUACGUGACCUUAGAAGAAUCCUAGACCCUAUCUUUUCCUCCCCUUGUGCUUAUUCCAUUGUUCCCGGACGAGAAAGAGCCAUCAUCAUCAACGUGGAACACAUCCAAGCCAUAAUCACUGCCGACGAAGUUCUCCUCAGAGACCCUUCUUUUGUUCAGGAACUUCAAGCAAGAGUCCGUAACGACGACUCAACAACCACCGUGCUUGAGACAUGUCUUGAGGCAGCUUGCAGCGUGUUAGAGAACGAACCAAAGAUGCUAGAACAAGAGGCACAUACUCCUCUAGGUGAACUGAAAUCAAAGACCAGCACUGAACUAUUGAACAAUUUGGAAGGUCUUUAUAAAUCAAAUAAUGAAAGAGGGAUUGGAACGUUUUCUGUUUGAUGAAUCAAAUAUGGCUAUCUACUCCACUGCCAACAAGAAAUAUUUUGUCGUUAAGGAGCUGAGGAUGCUCUUGGAAGCAUGCUACUUUCAGAUUCUCAGUACUCUCAACAAACUCUCCAAGGUACCUUUCUAGUUCCUUUUUCUCUGUGCUAUUAGCAGCUACAAAUAGUUACAAUUUUGUAGUGAGAGG